CCCAGCGCUCGAGGGAAAUUAGUCUUCCCGCAGCGAGAGGAAAAAAAUGACCCUCGCCGAUCGCGUACCGCUGGUGCUGGCCGCUCUCGCCUAUCUCGCGCUCGUGUCCGGUGUACGGUUUCAUCUCAGUGAGCAGAACGAUGUGCUGCCGGGUGGAUCCCAGGCACGGCGUCCCUUCUUCCAGGGUGCACGAAUCGUUGGAGGAUCGGUCGCGUCGGAAGGACAGUUCCCCCAUCAGGUGGCGCUACUGCGCGGAAAUGCACUGACCUGUGGAGGAUCGCUGAUCGAAAGUCGCUGGGUGCUGACGGCGGCUCACUGUGUUUACAACGGUGCCUUGGUUGUUCCAGCAUCGUCGAUCGUUGUAGUGGCAGGGUCGGUCAGCUUAAGCAACGGUGUGCGGCGUGCGGUGGCCCGAGUAAUACCGCACGAGCGGUACGGCAACUUCAAGAACGACGUGGCACUGCUGCAGCUGCAACUGUCGCUGCCCAGCUCGGCCUACAUCCGACCGAUUGCCCUUCGAACGACCAGCGUGCCGGCGGGCAGUGAGGUCGUUAUCUCGGGCUGGGGCGCAUGUACCAAGGUGGCCCCGUAUCAAACAUGCUUCGAUACAACCGUGCUACUGGUGGCGGAUCAGCAGUGCCGCAUGGCCACCGGUAUUUCGACCGGACUUAUCUGCUUUACCUCACCGGUAAAUAAUGGUGCCUGCAAUGGCGAUUCUGGUGGCCCCGCCAUACUAAACAAUCAGCUCGUCGGCGUCGCUAACUUUAUCAUCAACUACUGCGGCUCGGCCAGCCCCGACGGGUACGCCAAGGUGUCCGACUUUGUAACCUGGAUUCAGACAACGAUGCGCCGCUAUUAGUCAUGCAAGUCUUGGGGCAGGCUCUCAGCGGGAUCUGACUCUGCCCGAAACGGAGCGAGGCAACAAACAAACAAACACACUCAGACACUAGCACCCACAUACAAAAAACCACACUGUAGGGGAACAUAUUUAUUCACCUGCAGUGUGUGACGUCUGUUUGUGAUUGGUGGGAGGUUGCGCCAAGAUAGAUUGUGCACUGACUUGUAUGCUGUUUGUAAGGUGCACACGCGCGCGCUCCCUGUGCAGUUCUGGGAUCUUCUGUGAUGUCUGACGCUUUUACAUGUUGAUAUAAAUAAACAGCGGGGGGUUAGAUUGUUUUUAUUUUUGCAUUAAAUAA